AUGAAGGGCGAGAAACGCAGAAAUUACGACUCUUCACGCUUCAAGGAGGCUUAUAUGAAAGUUAUAAAGGAUAAUUGGUCAGUGUACAAGGCGUCGAAGGAAUAUGGCAUACCGUGGUCUACUUUGAGAAGACACAUAGCUACUCAUGGAGGUGAAAGUUUCGACUUACCUAAACUUGGGAGACCAUUCACAUUAGACAGCGACCUUGAAUGUAAGUUUGUUUCCUACAUAAUUAAAAUGCAAGAACUAGGAUUUGGUCUCAGCGUCACAGACAUCAAAGCUAAAUGUUACGCUUUAGCAGUCCAAGCAGGAAAAGAUCACCAGUUUAACGAUGCUAAACGUAAAGCUGGGCCUUAUUAG